CUACAACGGACGACAUUCGGCAUUGAGUCGGAUUCGGCAUUUUAUUGAUUACAUAUGGCAAAGUGGCGCUUGGCACGCGACGCCGGCCCCCAAACCAAGGACAAAAACGACCCCCAUAUGGAGAAGCUACAUUAGACGUGUUCGUUUUCAUUGUAAUUGUUUAUUUUUGUUGUUGUGUAUAGAGCAGCAAUUCAAGAGCAAAAUUGUGUUUGUUUUAAGCAAUAUUCCGGCCAUUCACUUAGUGUCGUGCAUUUGUGGAAGGCGUUUCAUGUUUCGCGAGUGACUGCAACUGAAUGAACCAAAAAAGCAUUAGGACCUAAACAGUAUCAAUAAUUGUAAUAAUUAGAAUAAGCAGCAAUAUGACAACCACAACAACAGCCACAACAACAACAAAUGGCGGCCGCUGUGAAACCGAUCACAUUUCUGCCCUUGAACUGCAAUCGAAUCGACGCAUGCUGUAUUUCAGUGAUGGCUGCAUGGAGGAGCUCUCAUCCGAUAGCGACAGCGAUGCUGAGACGGACGUGCCCGAUAAGGGCUAUGAUGAACAAUUGCAGCGCGAAAUGGCGUUGGGGCCACGCCUACGCUACAAGGCCAGCAAGGUGGGCAACAAUAUAUUGGCUGGCAUUGACUAUGUGGGUGGCGGACUCGCCUCAUUCCUUGGCAUUACCAACUCCAAAUAUGCCAGCGAACUAAAGUAUCAUAAGCGAGCCAAAGAACAGGCCGAAGCUGAAGCCGAGGCAGCAACCGACGAGGACCUUGACAAUUGGCAACCCCACAACAAUAAUCGCAACGAUACGAUUGUCGAUUGUGCGCCCAGUCGACAAUAAUUCGAAAUUCGAUAUUGAAUUCCAAAUGGAAGCCACGAGAAGAAAAACGUAUGACAAAUUGCCAGUUAAAAAUGCUCAUCAGGUGAAAAUGUAACGCAUUUUUGGAAACUUUUACACACAUUGUACAUAAAACGAAAUGUAUUUUCAAAUCUGAAUUUUUCGACACUUUAUUCGCUAGAAAAUAAGUUACAAAAUACAAAUGACAUAUAAACAAACUGUAA